AUGGUGCGUACCUUUAAGACUGCUCUUCUGGGUGACGUAUCCAAAUGUGACGAAGCUCUGUCCAUUUUUCUAUUGACGUAUCGGACAACCCCUGAUGAAAAUGGAAAAUCUCCUGCAGAGAAAUUACACGGAAGAGAACACCGAACAAAAUUUCCUGAAAAGUCAAAUAAAAAGGGUAAGAAGCAAACAACUAACAAGUUUUCUAUCAAUCAACAGGUAUUCGUGCGACAAUAUUUACCAAAGAAAAAGUGGGUACCAGCUGUGGUAAAAAAGCUACUUGGUAGACGUAUGUAUCUCGUUGAAACUGACACUGGUAUGUGGCGGCGGCAUCAAAACCAAACAAAGCCUCGUUUUGAAAAAAUAGAUGUUAGCAGCUCUGAUCAUCUCGUGAUUUCACCACAAAAUAAGCCGAGGAACGUUUUAGUGAAUGCCGAAGGAACAUCAACACAACAGACACACCAACAGGCCACCGCCGGUGAUGUUGACAUUGAAAUUUAUCCAGAAACUAGCCCACCUACAGUCGAAUUUGAUGCAACACCACCAACAGAUCCGACACCAUCAACAUCCCAGCACCCUAAUCUGUUUGACAAUAUUCCUGCUUAUGAACCAAGAAGUGAAGCAGAUGUACUUAGACGUUUUGAGCGGACUCGCAAAAAACCAGACCGGUUUACUCCAAAUUAA